AUGCCCUCGCUUUUGGUGAUUGUCUUCGUUCUUCAACUUACCAUACAUCUUGUGAACACAUUCGGGGUUGAAACGAUAAAUAACGUUCUAUGGCAUCUAUACAACAUGCUUCCUGUGCCGACCUCGCAAUCGGCGAACAAAUUACGAGUGCUGAAGAAAGAGUACAACACUGUGCGGAUGCAGAUGAACGCUACCAGUUCUCAGGACGAGUUUGCGAAGUGGGCGAAGCUACGGAGGAAGAGCGAUAAAUUAGGGGAGGAGAUUGAGGGGUGUAAAAACACCCUCGACUCUACCCGCGCGAAUUUCAACAAGAUAGUCGGUGGCCUACGUUGGCUCGGCCUCAACGGCUUCCGCAUGCUCCUCCAGUUCUGGUUCCAGAAGCAGCCGAUGUUCUGGAUUCCCCAGGGCUGGGCUCCUUAUUACGCAGAGUGGUUGCUAAGUUUUCCGCGAGCACCAGUGGGUAGUGUUAGUGUACAGAGUUGGAGUAUUGCUUGUUUGGCGGUCAUACAAUUGGUCUCAGAUGCCGUUGUUGCAGCGGUAGCGUUGGCUGCUACUCCGAGGAGUGCGGGUGUCAAACAGAGGGAGGCUAUGAAGGUCCCUGGGGAGAAGACUACACCAGCUCAAGAAGGCAAGGCGCCGGAGAAGAAGGAGUUGUAG